ACAUUUCGGAUACUCUUGCUGUGUACAAAGAUGAUUGUCACCCUUUUAAUUGUAACAUUUCUGUAUUAUGUAGAAACCACUGAUUUUAGUAUUCUUCGAAACACAAAGGCUGCUACAAUAGGCACAAAUAGUUACCCAGAACUUGGAAAAUUUUACCAAGGAGACAUUAUAUUUCCUACUGGUUCCAGAAAUGCGCUUGCUAUACCUUCUUUGCUGUGGCCUAAAGGAAUAAUUCCUUAUAAGUUUGAUCCAAGUUACACAAAGAAGGAAGAAAAUAUGGUUACUGAAGCCAUGGAGAGUAUUGAAAACAAAACAUGUGUCAAGUUCACAAAGCAGGAGAAGCAGAAGCAAUAUAUUUUCUUGACAAAAAAGAGAGAUGGUUGUUAUUCAGUGGUUGGUUAUCGUGCAACAGCUCAAGCUCAUACAUUGAAUUUACAGUCCCCAGAGUGUUUUGACCAGAUGGGAACAAUUCAGCAUGAACUUCUACAUGUACUGGGUUUACUUCAUGAGCAAGCAAGACCUGACAGAGACGAUUUUGUGAAGAUUUACUGGGAAAAUAUGGAUAAGGCUUACCAUCCUGAUUUUAUAAAGGCUAAAGAACCUGAGUUUACAACUUUUGGGUUACCAUAUGACUACAGCAGCAUCAUGCAUUAUCCUCGUACUGCAUUUUCAAAGGAUGGAAAGUUACCAACAAUUGUUGCUAAGCAUAAUGAAGACUUGGAACUGGGACAACGAAAGGCCCCCACAGAUAUUGAUUUACAGAAGAUACGAAAACUGUACCACUGUACUGAAAAAUAGCACAUGAUACAUUUUCAAAACUACACUGCGCAAUAGAAUUAAAGGAUCACUUUUUAGAAACCCCGUAAUUGCCUCCCAUUGUGGUACAAAGGUCCCAUUGGCUCCAAGGCGCCUACAACUUUCCUCUGUAAUGAUGAUGCCCUCGGACGUGGCGACACUUCAAACAGCAAGGUACCGAUACACGCCACAGGCCAUGGCUCAGAAGUUCAUGUAAACUGUUACGUGAAUUAAUGAUGUCACAUUGGCGCAUUUCUCCACAAUUCUGGCCAAUGCCACCAUGGACACGCCACAUGGCAAGGUGGUCAUCACAGCCCCCUCUUACCCACAUUUCACCCCACCUUUUGAAUUCUCUGUGAUGGAGAUCAGAACCAUGAAAUCAAGCAUUGAAAUUAUGUGAUUUUCUUAUGAGUGGCGGCUCAGAAUCAAUGCAAAAAGGCCUCAGGGGGUGGCAUAAAUGUCAAUGAAACCACCCUUUCUCUGGGGCAUAGAUUCACACACAUUUUGCGGUCAAAAAUGAUGGUUCACAGUUCGAAUGAGCAACAGUUUCUGGACAAGCUUUGACACUGUUGACAUGCUCAGAUGUUUCAACUC